AUGAUCAAUGUUCUUCAAUCUUAUCUCAUAGUUCUGAGCCUUGAUGUUCAAACAACAACAAAAACAGAAUAUCACACGAUUAGUGGUAUGUUACCACUGGAGACAACCUCCAAAUCAGAUGAACGUCAAACUCUCAUAAAACGUACGAAUAACAUUUUUGUCAAAAGUGUUAACUUCCAAGGCGUCAUAGUUCCACCAAAUACUAUCAAUGUCACAUUUUCCAGAGUAUACAUCCAAGAUAAUCCAAAUUAUUGUCUAUUCGAUACAUGGUUUAUUGAUUCGGUAAUUGUCCUUCCACCUGGAAAUAAUAGUUUGAUCAUGAAAUUUUCUGGUCCGUCUCUAAAUAAUGUCUAUUACGGAUAUAUACAAUAUUUGUUUGCUUACUACAACGGUUCAAAUAUAGCAAAUAAUUAUACUGUGAAGUUUAGUAAUCUCACAUACUUGAACAAUAAUUCCUCGUCUUCGGAGUUCACAAUGACAAGUCAGAUAAGUGUUUCAUCCACUCCUGCCAAUGAUUCAAAUGACUUCAGUAUUAGGAUGCGAUUCCAAGUUGGUCUUUUCCCUCAAAUGUCGAUUCCAUCAAUAGGUACCAAUUUAACAGUCAGAAUGGAGGCAUUGUUGACUCCAAAGAUUAUCGUAGAUAUUCCCAUGAGAGUUUCCUCGAACUGUCCGAUUCAAUAUGAUUCAGUUAACUUUACCAAGUGCCCACCGCAAGUAGAAAUUGGUGGGGUUUAUGAAUAUUCUGUGGACUACUUUAUAAGCAGACCCAUUGGCGAUUAUGUGUUCACAUUCACGACUGAUGUGUUGAGUGCUUCGAUUGGACAUAUAUCUUUGACGCUACCUACAACAUUCUCUACAUACCCAGAAGGUUACAAAAUAGAUACGCAACAAUUCGUUGGUGAUAACUUCUUACUGACUACCAUUGGCUACGUUAGUGUUUCAAAUCUACAAAAUCCAGGUGUUUAUGACACUACUUUGCCAAUGAUGAAUCGAUCAGUUCGUCUAACAGUUUUUAUCCAGAUAUAUAAACCGAAUUUGGUAUCCGUCAUGUUUGAAGCGAAAAUCUCACCAUUAGGUAAGAAUUCUACAGUGAAUUUUUGUGAGAGCCAACCCAUAGCAUUUACAGGUUCUAAUUUGGCUUGGAAAAGUAACUUGACAUUAAAGGAUACGUCAGUCGUGAAUCAAGCUGAAAAGUUGCAAUUCUUUAAUUUUGAACUGAGUGUUCCACCUUAUACAACAGCGACUUAUACUAUCCUGAUAACUAAUACUGGUAAACUAAUGACGGAACCAUGUUCUGUGGAUUACUUGUUAACAGAAAAUAAUUCAACUAAGAACAUCAGGCUAAUAACAGAAUACACUGUAUUUCAAGGGCGAAGAACAACAGGCACAACGACAAUUGGUAUAUUCAGAAACAAUAGCCCAUGGAAUAUUAAUCAUAAUUUUCGAAUCGGGUUAAGAUUAUUAUACAAUGCCAGCUAUACCUUGGGUGAUACAAUGCAAGUGCGGCUUCAGAUGUUUAGUCUUGUACUAACUCUAUCUUCUUUUGUAGUAACGCUUCCAAUAACGUCUAUGGAGCAACCCAUAACCACUACUCCUGUCUCUAAAACUCCUGUAGUUACUAUUGAAAAAGUCGAACCACGGAAUUCACAACUAACAGUGAACUUUAGUACAUUUGUAGAAGUUCGAGUGAAAUUCGUUGAAGACUUUGUCUACAUGCCGAUAACUUUUCAACUACAAGUAAAUUCAAAUGAAGCAAUUAUAAUCAGACAGAGUAUUCAAACAAUUGGAUAUCUAUUAAAAGCUGUAGUACUUGUGGGCUAUGAUUUUUCUGUUAAACCGUAA